UGAAACUGAAGACUGAAUUACGGAAGAUGGAGCUAAGGUUUGGUUUGCUUCAAUGCUUGCUAGUGUAUCUGAUGAUUAUUCAGCUUGCCUGGGCCAAUUUCUUCAAGCCAUUCAAUGUGAGCUACGACCAUAGGGCUCUGAUCAUUGACGGCAAGCGCCGGAUGCUCAUCUCCGCUGGAAUUCACUACCCUCGAGCCACUCCCGAGAUGUGGCCUGAACUAAUUGCAAAGAGCAAGGAGGGCGGUGCAAAUGUAAUUCAGACAUAUGUGUUUUGGAAUGGCCAUGGGGGGAUAUUUUAUUCCAAACUUCUUGUUCAGUAUCACUUUGAAGGAAGAUAUGACAUUGUCAAGUUCGUGAAGCUAGUGGGAUCUAGUGGACUCUAUCUCCAUCUUCGCAUAGGUCCUUAUGUGUGUGCUGAGUGGAAUUUUGGGGGCUUUCCAGUGUGGCUGCGUGAUAUCCCUGGCAUAACAUUUCGAACAGACAAUGCACCUUUCAAGGUACAUUCAAUGUAUGUGAGCGUGUAUCUGUUUAACUAUAUGUGACAUGACUUAAAAUGUAUUUGUCAGAUUGAGAACGAAUAUGGAAAUAUUGAGAGCUCAUAUGGCCAGUCAGGAAAAGAUUACGUCAAAUGGGCAGCUAGCAUGGCUCUUGGGCUUGGUGCUGGGGUUCCUUGGGUUAUGUGCAGGCAAACUGAUGCUCCAGAAAAUAUUAUAGAUGCCUGCAAUGGAUACUAUUGUGAUGGGUUCAAACCAAAUUCCCAUACGAAGCCGGUACUUUGGACGGAGAAUUGGGAUGGAUGGUAUACAUCCUGGGGUGGAAGAUUGCCUCACAGGCCAGUAGAAGACCUUGCAUUUGCUGUUGCACGCUUUUUUCAACGAGGAGGAAGCUUUCAGAAUUAUUACAUGUUUGAUCUCUCUUUCUCUCUUGAUUGUGAGCAGGUAGGGGCACAAACAUCCAUAAAAACGGUAGAUUUUGCUUUGUCACCUUACCAAAAUAUUUCUUUGGUAAAAGAAUUAACGGCAGGAGGAGAAAUUUCUCAUAUCUCGAAAUCCUGGAUGACUGUAAAAGAGCCUAUCAGUAUUUGGAGUGACAACAGUUUUACUGUCCUAGGAAUUUUGGAGCAUCUGAAUGUUACAAAGGACAAAUCUGAUUAUCUAUGGCUGAUGACCAGAAUAUAUGUAUCUGAGGAUGACAUCUCAUUUUGGAGGGAAACUGGUGUUAGUCCAGCAGUUUCAAUCGAUAGCAUGCGUGAUGUGUUGCGGGUGUUUGUUAACGGCCAGCUUACAGGCAGUGUGAUUGGUCAUUGGGUCAAGGCAGUGCAGCCUGUUCAGUUUCAGCAAGGAUACAAUGAUUUAGUGUUGCUAUCUCAAACAGUUGGAUUGCAGAACUAUGGUGCCUUUUUAGAGAAAGAUGGAGCAGGUUUUAGAGGCAAAGCAAAGCUUACUGGGCUAAGAAGUGGAGAUAUUGACCUCUCAAAAGUGUCAUGGACCUACCAGGUUGGGCUGAAGGGUGAAUUCCAGAAAAUAUAUACCAUUGAAGAGAAUGAAAAGGCAGGAUGGACGGAUUUGACACUUGAUGUCCUUCCAUCAACAUUUACCUGGUAUAAGACAUACUUUGAUGCUCCUGAUGGCACAGAUCCAGUUGUUCUUGAUUUGGGAAGUAUGGGAAAGGGCCAGGCUUGGGUGAAUGGCCAUCAUAUUGGAAGAUACUGGACUAUUGUCACCCCAAAAGCUGGAUGUCAAAGAACCUGUAAUUACCGUGGUGCCUACAAUUCGGAAAAGUGUGCAACAAACUGUGGAAAGCCUACUCAAACUUGGUACCACAUACCACGUGCAUGGUUAGAGAAAUCAAAAAAUCUACUUGUCAUCUUUGAGGAAACUGGAGGCAAUCCAUUUGAAAUUUCGAUCAAAUUACGUUUAGCUCGAACUCUUUGUGCUCAAGUGUCAGAGUCCCAUUAUCCACCUCUGUGGAAAUGGUCCCAACCAGAUUUUAUUGAUGAAAAAUUUGCAAUAAAAGAUACAACACCCGAGAUGCACUUGCAGUGUGAAGAUGGACAUGUCAUCUCCUCCAUUGAAUUUGCUAGCUAUGGAACUCCUCAAGGUAGCUGCCAGAAGUUCUCCAGAGGCAACUGUCAUGCAGCAACCUCCUUGUCUGUGGUGUCAAAGGCUUGCCAAGGGAAAAACAGCUGUUCUAUUGGAGUUUCAAAUGCCAUUUUUGGAGACCCAUGCCGAGGCACUGUUAAAACAUUGGCUGUUGAGGCGACAUGUAUGUCAUCAUCAAAUAUAGGAUUGUCUCUGUUUUGAAAUGGUGAGCAGCUGAUGCAGUGAAAUAUAGAAGAUGUCAAACUGGUGUUUUGAUCUACAUCAGAACCUGCCGUAUCUGGAGUUAGCUGGCUGUAUCUCCAAUUCUACAUAAAAUAUGUACAUGCUUCUUGUUUGGAACCUGUCAUGUUGAAGGUGCAGCCGGCUAACUCCAAAUAAUAUCUACAUGCUUCUUUUUUGGAUUGCCUCUGUCAUGUUGGAUUGUCCCUGCUUCUGGGUGCUGUUAAAGUUAAUUCUGUACAUAAACUAUCUGUUCAUAUUGAAAAUGUUAAUGUCCAAACACAACUUCGAAGGUUUGUAUGGUAUGUCUUUUUGACAAUUUGAAAAUUUGAAGCACUUGCUUCUUAUUUGGAUUGCCCCUGUCAUGUUGGAUUGUCCCUGCUUCCGGGUGCUGUUAAAGUUAAUUCUGUACAUAAACUAUCUGUUUAUAUUGAAAAUGUUAAUGUCCAAACACAA